UUGUCAGUGGGCAAACGUACAAAAUCAGCAGGGGAUCAAAUACUUUUUUCCCUCACUGUAUGUAUCAUGUGUCCCGAAUGCUUAUGUUGUAAAACAUGUGGUCAUAUCCGUUUCAUUUUGCAAACGCACUAUAAUUGCUGUACAUCAGGAGACAAUUUCAAAUAAACUCGCUGAAAGUUACAGCAACUAUGUGGCAAGUGGAACACUUGCGCCAACAACGUGACUGAGGGUUUUAUCCACAUGCACUUUUCAUUUUGAGAAAAGUCAGUCCCGAAUUGUUGUUUCCCAUCUGAUUACCCACAUUACCAACCAAAAAAAGCCAUAAAACCAUAAAGCUGAGGUUGGGGGGGGGGGGAAUUUCCUGCCGAUAAAAAAAAAUCACCCAGCUCUCGAGCAAUCCUGGGAGGAACCGGAGGUUUUUAACAAGAAUUAUACGCGAGCUGAGAAUCACUCUACUACACAGCAACUCCAGGUGAGUUCACACCUUUGAUCAUUCUCACACGGAUUAUUGCUUCUGUUGUCAUAUAUAGAUGAAAAAUAAUGGCUUUGAACAAAUUGCGUUUCAUGUGUUAAAAUAUGAAACUGUAAAAAAUUACGAACGUUUAACAUGCUCUACAGAAUUGCAAUAUCAACACGGGUACACUAAACACAAUAGUUGUGAUGUAUAGGUAUUUAAAUUAUGUAAUUAUUUUUUCAUACGCACGAAUAAAAGCAGUACCACCACACAUUCUGAACUUGGCUUUGGUCUUCACAGACUCACCAAAUGUCUACUAAUAGUGCCUAAAUUAGCAAUGCGGGGCAAAUUAUACAUUCAUAAUGCAUACAAAUGUAUGUAAAUGUAGCAUAUAUAAGUACGUUAUCUUUGUGUAGUACAAUCAGGAAAAUAAUUAUGUUGCAAUUCUACGUUUCCAGAUGCGCUUCUGCGGCCAUCUGGAUGCUCUUGCUUCCAAUAUUAGAAAGCAACUGGACCUAUGCAUUCUUCAAUUUAGAUUGAAAACUCAUUUCUUUAGAACUGCUUUUUGUGUUUAAUUUAUUGUCCUUCCCCUGCACCUCUGAGUAGCACGAUUGGCUACGCACGGUUUGAAAGAAGUUCAACAUACAUACAUAUAUUUUAUGCGGGAUGUUGCCGUAUAGUGGUUAGCUCACUUGACUUGCAAUCCAAAGGUCGCCGGUAGGAUGUCCCGGUGCAGGUUAAAAAGUGGUGCAUGUUUUUGGAUCCCCCCACACCUCCGUCCACCCAGCAGUAUAAAUGGGUACACCACAGAGAGUUGAUUGGCUUGUGGUGGGGUAAAGUGUGGGUCUUCCUACCUCUUCCAAGACGUCUGUCCAGCAUGCAAGAGAAUGUCAACAAUACUCUCUAGAGAGGUUCUCUAGGGCUCCCUCUAACGGAGGCCACAUUGCCAGUAGUGGUGUCGGCGAGACAUGUCAUGGCUGCACCUUUAAUUCUUUACCUGAUAUACAUGUAUGCUGCAAUUAUCCCAUUGUUUUUCAAAAUCCCCAAAGCUUGACCAUGGCUCAUGAUGAUGAUGCUCGGGAAAAUAGGAUUAACUUUCUUAAAAGACAACCAUUGAUAUUACAGUACUUGCAUACAGUAUUGCGGAAAUAUCCACCUGAAGUUGCAUUUGUAAUGUCCUUGUGGUUUAAUGUUUGCUACGAUGAGAGUAUGUCUUGGCACUAUAGUCGGAUAUUCAUCUUUCAGCUAAUUGCAUGUUUUUGUUAUUUUUUUCUGCGUGGCCUGCUGAUAGCUCAUUUCACGGUGUGAGGUUGACAAUGGCGAAAUGUUUGGGAGAAAACAUCAUUUGUGAAGGAUAUUUGAAAAAGUCUCCUCCUCCAAAUAAAAUUGUCUUCAAAAUAUCGAUCUCCUGGAAGAAACGUUACUGUGUUCUUUGUCAAAAUGAGCAAGGCAGUUACAGCUUUAAAUAUUACAAAGACGAAAAGGAAUUCAAGGAAGGAAAGCCUCUUCUUGGGGAAAUUAAAAUAGGAACUCUGCAGGAGCUGACAGAUAACCCUGUUGUGCCAAACGUGAUAAUGCACAGAACAGAAUCCGUUAUAUUUUUAAAAACAGAAAGCCGUGAGCUCUUCCUCUUCGCCGAAGAUAGAGAGGAAACAAAAAAGUGGUACUUGGAACUAGAGAAAAUUAAAUUGUCAAAGAGUGGACACGAGUCUUUGAAUGUGGGACGAAGUCCACUGAAGCGAGUCAACACACAGAUAGAGAAUUGCCCACAGAAGAUUUGCAUUCAAAAAACCGUUUCAUGCCCGCCGUGUCUCAAAGGAGGGUUCUGCUCGUGUCAGGGGCAGGUCACGGUGCCUCUGUCCAGCGAAAAUGUAAGAAACUAUGAGCAGGGUCCGAGCAUCGACAAUGCACCGAUGGAGCUCAUCACACUGAAAGUCCCAGAGACCAGCACAUGUUCUGAUCACUCCUGUAGACAGACCGAGAGCAGAACUGUCGCGCAACAAGAGACGGGUUUCCAUCAUUCGGCUCGUUACAUGCAAGACCUUGAUCCACGCUCAUAUCCAGUGAAUACCAGGGAUGAUAAACUACCAACGGGAAUGCUCUCAGACGCUUUUAAUCGCAAGUUAAGAAAUCUGGAAUCUGAAAAAGACAUGAAAGAGGUUUCAAAGUGUAUCACUCUGCAAGAUAUAGAAAAAAUUGCAUUUGUAAAAUUCCAGGAACAAAUAUGUGUUGCUGGCUGGAAGGUGGACUCAGGUUCGGCAUUGAGUGAAAUCCUGCACAUAGGCGACUGGGUCAUCACCGUGGGUGAAAUGAAACCUCACGACCCCGAGGAUAUUUUAUUCUUUGCAAACCGCUACGCCAAAAAUAAGAUUCCGAUCACCUUUGCUCGUCUCCCGCAAGGAAAAUUGUUAUUCGCCAUAAAAACUGAAAACGAAGACUGGGGGAUAGAGACUGAAGGACCUGUGAUCAAACACAUAAAACCUCGGUCAGUGAUAGCACAACAUGGAUUAAAUCUACCAAUAUGUAUCACGGAUCAGAAAACAGUGCCUUGGCAAAUAACGGAGAUUAACUUCCACUCUGUCAGUCUUGUUUCUGCUGAUAAACAUUCCACUCAGCGUGUUGGGUGGCUCCUGAACAAAUGUACCACCGAACUGUUCCUAGUGCUGCAGCCGAAGGAUUAUAUUCAAGGGCUUGUGAGCGAGGUUGAAAAAAUGUACCCCCAAAAGGAGUACGAUACCGAUAUGCACUAACAUUUAUUGUUUCCCAGUCUCGUAGUGCACGAUUCACGUAUGUGUUAGAGGCAAGGAUAUGAAUCUUGCGUGCAAAAUAAAAACGGAUUCAGUCUUUUAUUUAAAACAAGUUAUUAACAUAUCACAGCGUAAAUAAAUGGAGCCAAUAAAAUAUAAGCCUCUCAGUCCCAAAUGGUCAUAUGCACACUCAAAGUGAGGAGUGACAUUACAGAUGGAAUGUUAUUGUCAGGUAUGCAUGUACUCGUUAAAAAUAUUUUUUGUAAGCUGGAUUUUUGUUUUAUAAUGUAACUUUUUAAAUCAUUUAGCACCUGCUUUAACCAACUUGUGCUUAGCAUUUUUAAAAGCUAAAUUUACUGUCUAUGUAAACGUGUUUAUUAAAGAUACUGGUUUGUGGUAAAGAAAGCAGUUGUUACUAUUAGUGGAGAUAUUUUUCUUAUUACGUAAUGUUAAAGCAGCACAUGCCAUUGUUAACUCUGUUCUGUAUAUUCAGGUUGGGCCAAAAGUCAGGAAACGUGGUUAUUUUAUUUGAACACUGGCAUUAAAAUGUUUAUUUAUGAUUUAAGUUCAUAUUUGAUCUAUUAAUAUAUUUAUUUCUUCUUUUUCUUAAGGCAUCGUCUCAAAUCCAACGUUUAAAAAAAUACUCGACCGAGAACCCUGAAUGAAUUGAGAUUCAACAUAAUUGCUGCAUGUUCAAAGAUUACACAUGUAAUCUUAAAUAAUGCCUAAAUUAAUUUCGAAAGAUAAUUCAUACAUGCAUUAACAUUCAUGGAAGUCAGUUUGAACAUGUUAAAAUAAAUCAAAUGACCCUUUGUGAUUUGUUAAAAUAAAUAUAACCCGUGUCUUGACUUUUGGGCCAACCUGUCUUAUUAUAAGGGAGGUAUCUUUAUUGCCAAUUCAAUAAAAUGUUAUUGUUAA